GGGCUCGGGCUCGGGCUCGGGCUCCUGCUCGGGCUCCGGCUGGGGCUGCCCGGCGCUGCCGGCCCGCGGCGCCGCCCGCACCAUGCGCUGCGGCGGCCUCCUGCUGCUGUGGCUGCUGCGGGGGGCGCUGGGCGCGCCGGGACCCCCGCGCCGAGCAGGACACCCGCCCGGGGAGCCGGCGGCGGGCGGCGGGCAGCGAGGAGCCCGGGAGGCCGCGGACGGGACCCGCGUCAGCCAGGACCUGGGGGGGGGCAGCCUGGCCAUCGACACGCUGCCGCCCAACGGGACGCGGAUCGUGGAGGACGACCACAGCUACUACGUGUCGCGGACCUACGGGCCGGGCGAAGCUCGCGCCAAGGGGCUCUGGGUGGACGUGGCGGCGGCCGACGGGAGCCCGGCGAAGGUCCACGGGAUCCUCUCCAACACGCACCGGCAGGCGUCGCGGGUCCUCCUGUCCUUUGACUUCCCCUUCUACGGCCACCUCCUGCGGCAGGUCACGGUGGCGACGGGAGGUUUCAUCUUCACGGGGGACGUGGUGCACCGCAUGCUCACGGCCACGCAGUACGUCGCGCCGCUCAUGGCCAACUUCAACCCCAGCUACUCCCGCAACUCCACCGUCCGCUACCUGGACAACGGGACGGUUUUUGUGGUGCAGUGGGACAAGGUCUAUCUGCAGGGGAAGGAGGACAUGGGCAGCUUCACCUUCCAGGCCGCUCUGCACAGCGACGGCAGGAUCGUGUUUGGUUACAAGGAGAUCCCCGUGCCGGUGCUGCAGAUCAGCGCCGCGCAGCACCCCGUGAAAGCCGGCCUCUCCGACGCCUUCAUGGUCCUCAACCCAUCUCCCGACGUGCCGGAGUCCCGCCGCCGGACCAUCUACGAGUACCAUCGCGUGGAGCUGGACACCAGCAAGAUCAGCAGCAUGUCGGCGGUGGAGUUCACCCCGCUGCCCACUUGUCUCCAGCAUCAGAGCUGUGAAAUGUGUGUGACCUCGGAGCUGACCUUCAACUGCAGCUGGUGUCAUGUCCUGCAGAGAUGUUCCAGUGGGUUUGACCGGUACCGUGAGGAGUGGCUGUCUUACGGCUGUGGCCAGAAGUCAGAUGAGAAGACAUGCGAGGAUUUAGCAGAAGAUGACCACUACUCGGCACCGCCUGACAGCUCUUUCUCACCGUUUGAUGAGGAUGUCACCACCUCCACUUCCUCACUUUUCAUCGACAGCCUCACUACAGAAGAUGAUACAAAGCUCAAUCAGUAUGCAGGAGGCGAUGGUGUGGGAAGCAGCUUUCCUUCAAAGAAGGCAGGAUCCCCGAUUCACACAGGUACUAUCGUGGGGAUCGUUCUGGCUGUGUUGCUCAUUGCCGCUAUUAUCCUUGCUGGAAUUUACAUCAACAGCCAUCCCACCUCAAACGCUGCCUUGUUCUUCAUUGAGCGAAGGCCACAUCACUGGCCUGCCAUGAAAUUCCGAAAUCAUACCAACCAUGCAACGUACUCUGAGGUGGAGCCAGCCAGCCAUGAGAAGGAGGGCUUUGUCGAAGCAGAACAGUGCUGAGCACUUCCUCCCCUGUGUCUUUAAUGUCCCAUGUCCCGAGCGUUGGAAUCUCCUGUUAUUCUAUUGCAAAGUCUUUCCCCUGUUGGAAAAGAAACGGCAACUAGAGGAAAAAGACCCACUGGAGCAUUGAAAAGAAUGAGACAUGGCAACGCGAGGAUGCGACUUGCCUGGAUUCCUCACGGGACAGCAGAGCCUGAAGCAAAGGCAGUGAGUUGCGACACCAGAUUCUGCCUGCAGUCUAGCACCAAAGCCCUGGAUGUGUCAGGAGAAAACAGUGCGGUCACAGUUUUGGUGUGGUUUUGGUGCGGUUUUGGUGUGUGUAGGGGGAGGAGCUGUUUGUUUUUUCUUCUCCUCUGUGUUGACCUCUUCCAUCCUUCUCCAAGGGUCUUAACAUGGGCAGCUCACAGGAGGGCCAAAUCUAGGUACAGGCAAAGCACAUAGUUGCCUAAGGCAGCAGGCUCCUUGGGACAGCAAAACAGACCCUGUUUGCUGCACACGCUGCUUAUGCCUGCUCUCAGGACUAAGUCGGGCUGGUUGCCUCUGCCUCUCUCCACGGAGAGGCCGGGUAGUUGGGGGGCAGAUGCUGUUGGUGGCCACAGGAGCAGUAAGGCGGGUUCUCCAGGGCUCAUCUCACCUGUCCCAUCCUCCUGCUCCCCGAUUCUGUUCUUCGUCUGCUCUCCCCUUUGCCUUCUUUUGGGGCAGGCAACACUUAGUUUUCUCUUCAUGGCUGAGAAGACUUGUGCCCUUGUCUUUUCAUCCCGCAGUUGUUCUUCCCACACCAUGUCUUCAAAUCCUCAUGCUCCUCUCCUUUCAAGCAAACAGCUUCUACCCCCUACUCAGGAAGAAAGAAAAACCUGAUCUAUUUUAAGGACAAAGCCCUGCAGAAGAUUCGCCUUCAGGUUGUCUGUUAACAAAUGGCUUUGAUGCACUUUCUGGCAUCUAAUUAGUUUGCUAAAUUACUGACUAUGACCCUUACUCUAAAGGAGUCAGAGGGUGAAAAAAAUCUUAGAUUCCUUCAAACCACAUAUCUUUUGCACUGCCACUAAUCCAGCGGGAACAGAAUAAGUUUUAAUGAAAGAGGAUGGGGAUAGAGCACUAUCAAAAGCAGUGUUCUCCCAAGGGCUAAAUCCUGAAGUAAAUUCAAGUUCACUUUUCAUGGGAAUUUCACAUAAAUAAAGAAUGAAGGCAUACAUGCCAUGGUACAAUUAAAAAUGUAAAAUAAUCACUUUGUUAACAUCAUAGUGUUCAAAGCUCACUAAAGUCAGUGGAAGUUUAUUGGUUUUGAUUACAUCUGUGUUAGACCCCGAUCUGGAUUUUUAUUGAUACCAUGAUUCCAGAAUCUGACCCUCAUUAAGGACUUCAAUGCUAGACCUCUCAGGGUUUUCUGUUCCUUCUCUGCAAUCAGAAUUAAAGACUAAUCUUCAGAAAUACUCUAUCCUACUUCCACAGAUGCUGGCUGGUGCAGGAUUGGGUGCUAAACUGAGGAAAGCUUGUAUAAAAAAAAGACAAUGUCCGAAGUCCAGUGUAAGGUAAAGUUUUCUUUUCCCCACCAAAAAAUGGUGUGGGUUGUAUGGAUUUUUUGUUCCUUUUCUUUUUUUUUCCUUCUUGAUCCUCAGUUAUUUAUUCUGAUAUCAUGUUUGGUACAUAUUUUAUCCACUGGCUGGUUCAGCUGUCACUGAGGGUGAUUACUGCCAAAGGCAGGGUCUGUCUAAUUAAUGUUUUCCUUCUCAUCUGCUGAAUUUAUAUAGCCUUUGAAGAUAAAUAUGGAUGCUCUGUGGCAUUUAGACCCCAGAUUAUACUUCUUCAUACAUAGUCACUAGGGAGACUUUUGCUGCAUCUUAUUAUGGCCUUAAGAUGCCAAAACACUCAGAGUAAGUCAGAUUGAGUUGUGCCAAGUUGUUGUGGCCCACACAGUCUCUCUUUAGAGAUACUUUGAAGAUAAAUUUUAUUCCUAAGUAAAGCUUUCAGCUGAAAGAUUGUUUUCUCCCUGUUUCCCGCAAGUAGAAUGAAUUCAAAAGCAUAGUCAUAGUUUUUGCUUCAGAUGUAAUCUGCUUUGAAAGGGUUAUAAACUGGUAGGGAAAUUUCUCUGGAUUUAAAUGUUUUCAAAUAAUGGCCUCAUUUUUACUAUUCUUCUUAACAUUAAUACCCUGAUUUUUUGGGUAUUCUUCUUCCCCUCCUACACCCAGAAAUAUCAGGCAACAUCCAACAAUUGUGAAAUGCUGCAAAUUUAAAAGAAAACAGACUUCACCUAGUAUGUAAUUGAGCUGUAUAAAUCACUGCUGCAUUACUGCAGCCAGAAUCUUAGACGAAUUCAAAAAAAAAGGACUAGACAUUUAGGCAGGGAAUAAUGGCAUCCCAAUGCCAUAGCACAGAAACAAUUGAAGUAUAUAAAGCACCUGUACUUCAGGGCAGAGGCCAAGGUCUGAGUGCCUGGAGUUGGAAAGACCUUCAUUAAAAAAAAUUUUUUUAAAGGACAGGCUAUUCUGUAGGUGUCUAUUAGAUGUUUUGUCCACCUUCUACUGAAGGAUAUGGUAUGGGGAUAUCAUCAGGUGGAGUACAACAUUAACAGCUCCUAUUCAUAAUCUCUAACAAUUUGUGGUAAAGUAGAUUAAGAAGUUACUGCCCAUAGUGAGUGAGUGAGUGAGUGAGUGAGUGAGUGAGUGUGUGUGUGUGUGUGUGUGUGUGUGUGUGUGUGUGUGUGUGUGUGUCUGUGCACGCGUCCUGAGCUGAAGAUUUUCAUCUCAUAGUCCAGCCAGCAUAACCACUGAGUGUUCUGCUCAGGAGCUCCCUCUGCCUAGUCUGGAGAAGCAAGGCACUUCUACGCUGUGUCUCAAGAAGGAGAAAAAAAAAUAAAAUCUGUCCUACCUUUCAGCAUGAGGUCUAGCUCUGGGCACUUGAAGUUCACAUCUGGGGAGCUAGCGAGUCACCUGAAUUUUCUUUGCACGUGACUUUGUCGUGGAAGAGGGGUCUAUUAAAUUCCAGAGCACCCAACCGUAAUGUUGCUGAGGCCUAGAAAAAAGAGAAAAAUAUCUUUACCACCAACAAUUACUGCUCUAAUAUUGAAGCAAACAGGCGAGAUGAGUCUGGGCUGAGGUAUAAUGCUGGCUGCACCAAUUCAAAUGCAUCAGGACCAAUACUCCUGUCCCAUCUGCAUAACUCUGUUGACUUCAAGAUGCUGGUUAAUCUUGCUAGUCUUGAGUGCCAAAGCACAAACACAACUCUGACCUAAAAGGGUUUUGAUUAUGCUUUUAAUCAUGUGGCUCCUGUAGCCAUAUCCUGACGUUUUACUCUAGAUUCAGAUGAACUGAUCAUCUGGGCUUCCUUCAAAACAAACUGCAUAGUGUACAUGUGUAUACUGACCUGCAUAUUUUAUAGCUAUAAAAUGGGCUGGGGCUGUUAGCUGUGCUCAGUCCAUUGCUCAGCUGGUUAAAAGGGGGUACAAAGUGCAAACAACUGCUAACACUCCUCAUUUGUCUUUGCAAGCACAGUGCCCUUGCAGUUUGUGGCAACUGCUGAGCAUGUUGUUUGGGUGCAAAGGAACUGCCUGUCAUCAGGCAGAAAAUGACAUUGUGGAUCUGUUAGUUGGCCAUUUGUCUGUGUUCAGCAGUUGUGAAUACAUAACACAGGGUUUAUCAGAGACAAACAAGGGCUUGGUUCUGCUCCUACUAAAGUUGGUGGUUAACCCCUCGCUUUUCUGACAUCAGUGGGAGCAGGACCUGGCUCAGAAAUACUUUCUCUUAAUAACUAAAGGCCUACUUUCCACAUACUUGAAUUUACAGCACAGUUGGACUAUUUGGGGGGGACUAAAGGCACUUUAACUGUCUUUUAAUGCAAAGUAUUUACUAUGGAUUAUCUGCAUGGAACGCAGUGUUAAUAUUAAAAAAAAUCUGCCUUUUUGGACUGCUUUGUUUUCAAAAUAAAACAUGCAAAGGAUUA